GCGCGCGCCCGCUUCCGCUCCGCCUCCGUCCGGGGGCGCGGGCGCGGUGGCCCCGGCGGAGGAUCGCAGGGGGCAGGGCCAAGACAGCGAGGAGGGGCACCGGGGGAAGCGGGAGCGAUAAAAGAAGGCAAGGCUGCCCCACCCCGAGGCAGGCCGGUGGGCAGUCUCUUGCGUCCCUUCCGUCCGGCCUGUGUUGGAGGCGGCGGGGAGGCGCGCGGCCCGCUGCCGGCCCAUGGAGGCUUUCCCUUGGGCGCCACGCUCGCCCCGCCGCGCCCGCGCCCCCGCGCCUAUGGCGCUCGUGCCCAGCGCCCGCUACAUGAGUGCCCCGGGCCCGGUGCACCCGCAGCCCUUCAGCUCUUGGAACGACUACCUGGGUCUCGCCACGCUCAUCACCAGGGCUGGAGACCGGGGCUCCCCGCCCUCCUCGUCCCACUGCUCCUCGCACGAAAGGUCCGGGCCCUUGGCGGCAGGACCCACGCUGGGGCCGCCCGACGACGAGGAGGACGACGAUGGCGAUGAGCAGGGGACCCGAGACGGCUACCUGGGGGGAGCGCUGGAACUGCGCGCACUAGAGCUGUGCGCCGGCACCGCCGAGGCCGGGCUGCUGGAGGAGCGCUUCGCUGAGCUGAACCCAUUCACAGGGCGCGCCGCCGCGGUACUGCUGAGCUGCGCGCCCGCCGCCUCCGCCGCCCCCACGGCCGAGGUGACGCCGCGUGAGGAGCCAGGCCCUGCGUGGGCGGCAGAGCAUCGUCUGCACGCGGCCUCCGGAGCGGCUGCCGCGCGUCUGCUGAAACCGGAGCUGCAGGUGUGUGUGUUCUGCCGGAACAACAAGGAGGCGGUGGCGCUGUACACUACACACAUCCUCAAGGGUCCCGACGGCCGAGUGCUGUGCCCGGUCCUGCGCCGCUACACGUGUCCCCUUUGCGGUGCCAGCGGCGACAACGCACACACCAUCAAGUAUUGCCCGCUCUCCAAAGUGCCACCGCCCGCUGCUCGCCCGCCGCCGCGCAGCACAAGGGACAGCCUGCCCAGCAAGAAGCUACGCUAGGGCUGAGCUGCGGACACCUGAAGCCAUGGUAGCGCCUCCUUUCCCCUUUGGCUCAACUUAGGAAGUAGUCUUGGUUUUGCGGGAGCCGGCGGGGCGCAGCACUUUGCAGUGGAGUGGUCUGGUCUCUGACGUUGAAAUCUUGAAUUUUGUCUCUAUAGUUUCUAAAGCACUCAACCAGAAUCGUUGAGGGCUGAGCGGGUAUAACACGGGCUCUAAGUGUGGCAACUGAAGCGUUGUUUACUGUAUACGUUGACCUAUUUUAGGUGCGCAUCAGUAUGAAACUGUCUCUGACUUUGGAUGUUGCGUUUUGUGAAUGGAGGCAUUUUAAUAGCUCUAGAGUAUUUUUAAUAGCCUCUGAACUUGUGUGCAAAACUAACCAUUUUAUGGAAUGUCGGCAAAUGUCUAUUUUAUUGUUUGAUGCAAUUUAUUAAUUUUUUAAGUUUGUCCUUAACUCUAAUUGCAGGUAAACAAUUUAGUACACUUCCCAGUAUCAAUUUGAGAGGAUGUUCCUCCUCGUAGCUUGUUUCUGUCCUAGCUGGGAGGCUUAAAGGCACAAUCUUUAGCAGGUGGAAUAGUUCCUUAACCUUUUAUGUAUGAUAUUCUACUGAAUUAGCAAGUAGCCCUUCCCACCCUCUUAAAAUUAACUGUGCCAAGUCCUAAUCAUAUCGUGUACAUAUUUGGAAAUGGUGCUGUUUAAGAAGACUUGUGUAUUUAUACAGUGACAGUAUAUGAAUACAUUAAUCUCCCCCUGUAAACUCCUACCUAGCAUCUUCUCAAUGCACCAUCCCCAGACCUGUCCAAUUGUCUGAUGCUGAGAUCCAAGAGAGCAGUGUUAACUCACCUUGAUUGCUCAAUUUCAACUUCUUAAAUAGAAAACAGGAAACUAUGAAGCAAUAACCUGAGUUCCAGAAGGUUCUACUCUGGGCUGUCUGCCUUCAGAUAUACAGGUGUGCCAGAAUAAACACCAUUUAAAGGCUCCAAUACCUGGGGUUGGGUACAAGUAUUAUGACCUCCCUGGUGGUGGUUCCACUCUUAACUGGUCUGCUUCCAGAACCUAAUCUUCAGGGAAAAUUUCCUAACCCCUUACUUCCAGUACUCCAGUAAAUCCAUCACAUUGAAUGCUGGACUAUGGACAUUGAAUGAUGGGACUAUACCAUCAAGACAGUAGAUGCAGAGAUGGAGGUGGAUUAAGAUAAACUAAGACAUAACACUAAACAACAUUACCUGAAAAUACCAGCCAAGAGUUUAUGUAUAUAAAACUUAACAGUAGUCAGAUUUAGCUAGAGUACUGGGAACAGCUAACUUCCACAAUAAAUGUAAAAAUACUGGAUAGCUCUGUGCCCUAUUGGUAAAACGGAGGUGCAUCAUAUAAAAAGAUGGGGUUGGUGGAAAGACGUUCUUAACAAGAAAAUAACCAUUAUAGCCCCACAGAAUUGGCAGAUUCCACUUGACCUGGGUCGCAAACUUAAUAAAACCAUGUAGUUCCUUGUUCUUUUGCUAGAAAAUAAACCAUUUGUUUUGGGGUGAUGUUUUUCAAGUGAACAUAAA